AUGAAAAGUUGUUGCUCCUUACUUACCCUGUCUUUGAUGAUUACACUAUCCUUGGCAUUAUAUGAUGCAGAUUCCAAAGUCAUCAAACUUACUAAAGAUAAUUUCAAAUAAUUAGUCCUUGAUUCAGGUGAACCUUGGCUAGUUGAGUUCUUUGCUCCUUGGUGUGGUCAUUGUAAGGCUUUAGCCCCAGAGUAUAACAAGGCAGCUAAAGCAUUAGAUGGAAUUAUUAAAAUAGGUGCAUUAGAUAUGACUACUGAUGGAGAAGCUGGAUAGCCUUACGGGGUUAAUAGUUAUCCAACAAUUAAAUUCUUUGGUGUAAAUAAAGCAGACCCUAUAGCAUAUGAAGGAGAAAGGAAGAAGAAUGGAAUAGUAGAUUAUCUUUUGGAUAGAGCUAGGGAGAUUGCCCUAAAUAGAUUAGGAGUAGAAAUCAAACCACAACCUUCAAAUGAUGAUUCAAAAGUUGUUGUUCUUACAGAUGCUAAUUUUGAUGAACAAGUGAUCAAUAGUUAAGAAGCCUGGUUUGUUGAAUUCUAUGCCCCUUGGUGUGGACAUUGUAAGUAACUUUAACCGGAAUGGAAUAAAUUAUCUCAUUAAGCUGAUAUUCCAAUAGCCAAAGUUGAUGCCACAGCUCAAACUGAGUUGGCAAAAAGGUUUAAUAUUGAGUCAUAUCCGACCAUUUACUUCUUCCCAGCAGGAAACAAGAAGGAAACACAUAAGAAGUAUGAAGGAGAAAGAAACUUGGAUGCUCUUUUGAAAUACAUUAAAGAAUAGAAACCUGUAGAUGGCUAAACCGUUGUUACAGAUGUUAUUUAAAUAACUUCUGAUGAAAAAUUAAAUUCAAUUUGCAACACUCUAUGCGUUUUGGGAUUCUUACCAGGUGAUAAGAAAGAACAAGACGAUGCAAUUUAAGUUCUAAAGAAAACAUAAUUAUCUUUAACCGGUAGAGCUAAUUUAGGUUGGUUUGUUGGGGAAUAAUUUGAUGAUUUUGAGGCAGAGUUGAGUGUUAUCGGAGAAGGAUAUCCACAAGUCGUUGCAGUUGAUUUUAAUGCAAAGAAAUACUUUAGAUUUAAAAAAUAACUGACAGUUGAUAAUUUAAAUGAAUUCGUAAGAGGAGUAAUAAAGAAAACUGAAACAGGUUAGUCAUUAUCAAGUUUACCCAAGUUAAAUACCUAGAAAUCAGAUUUAUGAUAUAUAUAUUGAUAAAUAUCAUUAAAUUUUAAAUUUAUUCUAUGGAG